AUGAUGUCUGCCAUGGAGCCCAGCGUGUACCAACCUGCACAGCUGCUCAGCUGGGUCUACAUGUCCCUGCGAGACACGCAGGGCAGCGCUUUCGAUGGCCUCAAAGUGGACCCGGACACCCCUCAGGACGCAAACAGGCGCAGCGCGGCAGACCUGAGCUCCAACUAUCUCAACAACUUCUUCCAUCUGAGCAGUGAGGCUUUGAACAACAAUUUCUACAAAAAGUCCUCACCCUAUGGGUCUCUUAACAAUAUUGUGGAUGGCCUGAGUUCUCUGGCGGAUCAUUUCUCAGACCUCUCGCUUUCCCCCGAGACGCGCAGACCCAGCAAGAGGCCGCCGCCUAACUACUUGUGCCACCUCUGCUUCAACAAAGGACACUACAUCAAAGACUGCCCUCAGGUGAGCCGGUCCGUGAUGCUGCCCAUCUGUCAGGGGCAGAUCCGUACAGCGCUAAACUGA